GCGGUGGUGACUUGUCUCAGUGUUUACAGGACAGUCACAGCAGCUUCAGCACCUGGGAUGUCUGCUGUUGCAACACCUACCAUAAUUGUGCUAUAACCCUGUGUUCCACGUCACUUAACCAUGUUCAGUACAUCGAGUAGCGUCCUGCACAACCAAGUUGUGUUGCCACUGUCAUACGUUGUGUCACAGUAUUCUGGGGUGAGACGGGGUCAGCCCAAGACUAAAACUCCAACUCAGAAUGGAGGCCAUAAAGUUCCCACAGUCAACAUUAUGUGCUGUGAAUGUCAGACUGAGACAGUUCAACUGCUGGGUGAGUCUGGACUUAAGGAAGUAAGUAAACUGCUGACCCCAGAGCUUUUGCAGCACAUUGUUCUUCGUGGCCCAAAAGUAAAUCUGACCUGUGUGAAGAACUGGACUAGAGAGUACCUGCGAUCCUCACAGCUGUCUGCCAUUAUUCGUGAUAAAAAACAAGAAUGGCAUGUGUCUCAUGUAUCAGCUGAUACUUUCUUGGAGAAUAAACACAUGAACUCAUGUUCGCCAUCCUUUUCUGGAGAUGCACGAUUGAAGCCCCUCUUUAAUAUUUCUAAGAAACUCCUUUCAUCACAGUCACUCCUCCUAGCAAAUGUUGUUCCCAGUCGUGGUUUCAAAACGCAACAGUCUAUUGAACGUGAAGCUCUCAGACAGUCAACAGUUACAGAUAGGUUGAGAGAUGGAUUGAAAUCAAGACAGCGGUCAGUAGCAGCUAGGACACUUCAACAAGAGACAGAGCACAACACCAAACUUAAGAGUUUAAUGGCCGAGGAGGCCACAGAAGAAGGCCGCAAAGCCUUGAAGGUGGCAUUUGCUGAAGGAUACCUGGCAGGUGAUCCUCAGAAACACCAGUCAAGGGCGAUGAGGUGGAUACGAAACUUGCAGCAAGUUUUAGCUGUUGUAGUAUUCAUAGCCAUACUAUUCUCUUUGAUGGGUGGCAUGGGAGGAUCUUUAUUUAGGAUGCAUGUCGGAAAUGGGAACGAGGUCCAUCCAGAAGAAAUUACCGUUUCAUUUGAGGAUGUAAAAGGGGUGGAUGAAGCCAAGCAAGAACUGCAAGAAAUUGUUGAAUUCUUAAGAAACCCUGAGAAGUUCACUUCUUUGGGUGCUGAGUUGCCAAAGGGUGUUCUCUUGGUGGGCCCACCAGGUACUGGCAAAACACUUCUUGCUCGAGCUGUAGCAGGGGAGGCUGGUGUUCCUUUCUUCCAUGCUGCUGGCCCUGAAUUUGAUGAAAUAUUGGUUGGACAGGGUGCUCGUAGAGUGCGUGAUCUUUUCCGUGCAGCCAAGAUGCGUGCCCCUUGUGUGAUUUUCAUCGAUGAAAUAGAUUCUGUUGGUGCUAAACGCUCCAACUCUGUGUUGCAUCCAUAUGCCAAUCAGACAAUUAAUCAGCUGUUAUCAGAAAUGGAUGGGUUUCACAAGAAUGAGGGUGUUAUUGUUUUGGGGGCAACUAACCGUCGAGAUGAUCUUGACAAAGCUCUGUUACGACCUGGUAGAUUUGAUGUGGAAGUCCAGGUUCCUAUUCCAGACCUUGCAGGGAGGAAAGAGAUCUUUGAAUACUACUUGGGUAAAGUAAAAGGUGGAGAUGACAUUGAUAAGAAUGUACUCUCCCGAGGCACAACAGGCUUCACUGGUGCAGACAUCAAGAAUGUAACCAACCAGGCAGCAUUGAGAGCAGCUGCUGAUCAGGUAGAUGCAGUCACCAUGAAACAUCUGGAGGCAGCGAGAGACAAAGUCCUCAUGGGACCAGAAAGAAAGUCUCGCAUCCCAGAUGAAGAAGCAAAUCUAGUAACAGCUUAUCAUGAAGGUGGACACACACUUGUGGCAUAUUACACAAAGGAUUCUCACCCACUACACAAAGUGACCAUCAUUCCUCGUGGACCAUCUUUAGGACAUACUGCAUACAUCCCAGCUAAAGAACAGUACCACAUGACUCGAAGUCAGAUGUUGGCUACCAUGGACUCCCUAAUGGGUGGCAGAGCAGCAGAAGAAUUAAUUUUUGGAAAUGAUAUGGUGACUUCUGGUUCGUCUUCUGAUCUAAAGCAAGCAACCAGCAUUGCCACUCACAUGGUAAAAGACCUGGGCAUGAGUGAGCGGGUAGGACUCCGAACAUUUGAAGAUAACACUGGUCAGCUCAUCAGCACAGGUGACUCACUUGGACAGUCAACCAAAGAAGCAAUUGAUUUAGAAAUUAAGAGAUUGUUGCAAGAAUCUUAUGAACGAGCAAAAGCUAUCUUGAAAUCUCAUGCCAGGGAACACAAAGCUCUAGCUGAUGCUCUUAUGAAGUAUGAAACUUUAGAUGCAGACGACAUCAAUGCCAUACUGGAUGGAAGAACAGUGGCCAAGGAUUUGUAGUGAGAAGAUAUACCUUGCAUCAUAAAUUUCAUAUUGUAAAUUUAAUUCAUUAUACUCCAUGCAAAUUUAUCAGUAGCACUGUUUGUACAGAGUUUGCUUUCGCCCUAUGAUUCUCUGGGUAAUGUGUAAAUUAUUUAAUAUGGUACUGAUAUUUGCAGUUUGGAGGGACAUCUGAACUGUAGUAUUAUUUCAGUAUCUGGCAAGACAGUGAUAGUGAAUGAUGGUGAAAGUGUUUCUUCUUUUUUUCAGGUCACCCUGAAAUGGUGAGAGACAGCUGGUGUGUAAAAAAGAAAAAAAUACUGUAUAAAACUAACAAGUGGGGAAAAGUCGGUCACUUCACUAUUCAUUGACGGUCAAUAUUUGAAAAUAUUAUUUAUCAUAGAUUUCUUUUCUUAAUCGUAUUUCCUCCCGCAUUUUGUCUAUUGUCAUGUUCUUAUUUAAUUAGUAUUUCAUUAUUAAUAUUUCAAUAUUCUUACAUAUGCUAUUUUAUGUUGCUGGGAACUUGUAUGUUUGAUGGUCAUUUCUGUUAGUCUCACUUGAUAAUCCAAGGCAUGUAACCUGGAAGAUUGUUUCACCUUUUAUGAGAGAAAUGGCCAUUUUUGAGCAGACACUGAUGGACAAAAAAUGAUUAGGCCUUUUGCAUUCCUUCAUUCUAAUGUAGAAAUAUAAAAAUGUCUUCAAGUUUUAAAAACUAAUUGUUGUGACAUUUAUGUAAAUUAGGUGAGUACUGUAUUUACCUAAGUAUUUUUCAUAUAUUCUGUGUACUUCUUCAGUAUGAUAAAAGCAAGUUCCAUCAGUAUUUACUUUGGGACACAAGAUUUCACACACUAAUGAUAUGUUUGCCUGAGAGUGCAGUGGCUCUUCUACUUGCACAGGGUCAAUAAUAUUUAGUCAAUCUGCAGCAUUUUUCAUGAACAAAGAAGAUCCAGUUAGAGCUCUUGAAAGUUGCAUUGUGUCGUGACAUUUUGGGUCAAUUCAACAACUCAAGGAUACACACUUUUAAAUGAUCCUUCAUUAGGAAAGAAUCAAGUUUUUUUUACAUUGUAUAAAAAUGGUAACUGAAUAAGUUUUUCUUCAUUGAUUUUUUUAAAUUUGGUAACAUUCUUGUGUGUUCACAUAUACUUACCGUGUAUUCUACUUGUCGCUACUAUACAAUAAAAAUACUAUCAUUCAUAAA